AUGGCGAACGACGUGGCAAUGGAGCAGAGGGAGCUGGCUGAAAUGCAGCCGGAGAAUGUUGAAGAGGUGGAGACGGAGUCAGUACCGGAGUCUGACAUCAAGAAUGCUACCAAUGCUUCUGAGGUUGUCGACAAUCAGUCGGUGACUACAUCCAAUUUUGGUGAAACCAUGAACGUGCUCGCACUUUCUCCAGUUGAAGUCACCCUCUUGCGCAAAAGCUUUGACCUGCUCUUGGCUUCGCUAGGCAAUGACCGGGAAGCAGUGGGAGAUGCCAUUUAUGGGAGCAAGAUUGGGGCCUUGGUGGCCAUCAAAGACAAGUUCAGCACUCCCAGAGCCGUCGUCUCCUUGCGUUUUUUCAACUGUUUCCGGCUGCUCCUAGAGAAAGCCGAGGAUCCCGAUGAGUUGAAGAUCUACGUCGAGACGUUGGCAUUCAAACACUUGGGUGUUGAGAUCAUAGAGCGCAGAGUGGAUGCCGUCAUCUCUGCCUUCACCGAACUUCUGACUCAGAACGUGCCGCAAUUGCCACCUGGAACUUACCAAGCUUGGCAGAAGCUGUUGGGCUAUGCAGGUUCCUGCUAUCGAUUUGUGGGGGACACCUAUGGUGAGCGUCUUCAAAUCAUCAAGGAGGAUUGGAGCGUGGUCCAGGCUGCCUCGGGCAAAGAGAAAGACUCUGAGAGUGAAGAAGAGCGAGAGGAUGGAGAGGAUGGAGAUGGCGACGACGAGAAAGACGAGACCAAGAAGGGCAGCACAGAGACUUUCAGUUUUGGCCGAAUGUGCGCAUUCAGCAACGAAGUCAUGGGACAAAAGACGGAAGGAUGGAUGGUGGAACUGCUGUCGGUGUUUCACAUUCUCGUGGACAUGAUCUCGAGUCCAGUGCACUUGCAAGAAGAAUGUGACCUAUUAGCCAUCAACUUGAUCGUCAAAUCCCAGAACAUUGACUUCGAGAAGUUCAAACCGGUCAUGUUGGCAGCACUCCGCUCCUUGUUGCCGAAGCAAUGGAGCACCAAGCACGAGACUGCUUGGGAGUGGCUUUGGUUGACAGUUGCUCGGAACCUCAACGAAUCGACCAUGAAGGUUCGGGCAUUCAAACCGUACAAUGCGAAGCUUUUCUCCUCCUUGUCGGAGGACCAACUCAAUCGAUUCCGAGUCAACAUUUUCACCGAUUUUUUUGCCAGAAGUGCUGCAAGUCAAGACCUGUUCAAGCAGUCGCAAUCCAGGCUUCGCUACAUUGCAGACAGGGUACUCCAGUCAUCCUACGACAUGUUCAACAAGAACAAGGAUGAAACCUUGGAUGAGCUGUCAGCCCUCGGGUUGCGACAUGUGGGCUACGGAAUUCCCAUUGAACUCUUUGGUCCCUUUUCAGAGGUCUGUGUCGAGGCGGUGAGGCCGUUGGUCCAGGAGUUCCCCAAUAAGUCCACCAGCACCGAAAUGGUGUGGUGCCCAAAAGAUAAUGCACAUCAGUUACAGGAGAAAGACGUUCCUGAGCACAUGAUGAUCGAAGGUUUCCGCUGGUCCAUUUCCCUGACGGCUCGGGUCUUGGUGCGUACCAUCAUGGAUGGCUCCACUGCCGUGAUGCAAGCGAUCCACUUCGACGAUUCCAAACGCCUGCGCCGGGCCUUGUUGGAUGCCCCACGAGAUCAACGGUGCAUCUGGCAGCUGGCUGUGCAAGUUGGCAGCCAGUCGAUCUCACCACUGUUUUGGGCCUUGAGGAGUGGUGCUCAUACCACAGCCAAAGCCAUGAUUGAAGAUGUGCUGACUAUCCGAGCUGACAGAGACAACUACUACUACGGUGCCGAUGAGUUGUUCAAGUACCAGCCCAACAUUGCGGACAACAUCCUGCGCGAAGCCCCGUUCUUGGCUGAGUCGUUGCUGGAAGGGCUGAUCUGGCGAUCGCACAAAAGCCAGGACAACUUGCGACCGGUAAUUUACUAUGUGAAGCACUUGUUACAAGACAUGGACGAAGAGCAGAUGCUCUCAAGAGGGCUGAUCAGCUACGUGCGUUUCAAUCAUCCACAAACGAUCAUGCACCCGAUCCUGACUUUCACACUGGAUUUGCUCUGGGAAAAGAUGGCCAAGUGGUACUUCCUGAAGGACCGGCUUCUGACCGUGAUCAACAGUAUCAUCUUCGUCACUGCACAAUGCUUGAUGAGUGGAAUCGAGGUGGCUCAGGACCCGACGGCUUCAUUGUUUCUAGCAGUGGGGCGAGCUUUGGUGUAUGCCAUGGGUUUUUGCCGCUUGCUCUACUGGCACGUGCGUCAAAUUAUCCUUUCCUUCGUGAACAAGGAUUUUGCUCCAUUCUCUUGCUUCUGGGUGCCACGGUACCUCACAAGAGGGUCUCAUUUCCUGAGUUUCAUUCUCAUGCUGAACUUGCUGGCCAUGAUGACCGUGGAGCCCAUGUUUCAUUGCUUGGCAGAUUCUUCCGACGAGGAUAGUGGAUAUGGUGGCGCAGUGCAGUUCUACUGUGAUGCCUGGACAGACGAAAUGAGUCUUGCGUAUGAAAUCUUCAUUGUCAUCGGUGUCUUCCUCUAUGUCAUUUUGAUUGUGGAAGUCGGAAGCAUUUCAGUGAGGCUGUCCGAGUACAGAGUUUUGUGUCUGCACGCAGUGGAGCAGGUCCUACUGUGUUUUGCAGUGAUCACAGUAGUGAUCUUGGCCUUCGCCUUCGCAAUCUCGGGAAUGCCUCGUGAGGUGUCCAGCGUUUCUCGGAAUGAGUGGGGAGACGUGGGGGCAGCGCUUUCCACAUUGCUUCGGCUGGCUUUUGGGGUCAUGGACAUGGCACCUAUCCAAGAUGUUGCUGAAGAAAGCAGUUUGCUGGUCAUUGUCAUCAUUCUCUUUUUGAUGGUGUCCUCCACCUUCUUCUUCAACCUCUUGGUCUCACAGUUCUGCGGUGUCUACACCUCUCUUGCUGAAGACAUCAAGGGGCAUGCGAGGCUUGCGCGCGGAGAGAUCAUUAUUGAAACCUUCCAGGCAGUGAAGCCCUCGAAAUGGCAGAAGUUCAUGGAUUCACUGAACUUGGAAAAGCGCGUGGAUUUCGAGCAAGGUGACAUUGGACUUGCUGGAGGCAUCAAGGACUUCGAGCCCGCGUUGGCCCAUCCAGUGGCAAAGGAUCAAAUUAUUCGCUUCGGAGGGAACACAGAUCCAUCCCUGCCUUGGCCAGAAAAGAUGGAGGAAGACAAUUCAAUUGAACAGACCAUCCACCGAACUAUUCAGAAGUCGCUGCAGAAGAUGUUGGGCAAGGGCAAGUUGGGAUCGACUAUGGGAGCCGGAACAGAUGGUGGGAGCAGCAGUUUGAGCGGCAGCAAACACAGUGAGUGA